AUGUCAGCCCCGCGCGCGACAGCUGGCACCAAAGUGUGGACCACCCUCAUAACGAAUACCGCAUACCUCUCCGGCCUUUUGACGCUUGAGUACUCUCUCCGAAAAGUCGGCUCAAAGUAUCCCCUUGUUGCGCUCUAUACAGACACCUUUCCCGAAGAAGGCCAUGCGGCUCUUGACGCUCGGGGAAUCUUGAAGAAGCGCGUGCCGUAUCUUCUCCCGUCGAUACCCAAAGACUACACAAAUGAUAUGCGCUUCUACGACUGCUGGAGCAAGCUCACGCCAUUUUCGCUCGUUGAAUAUGACCGGGUGGUACAGCUCGAUAGUGAUAUGUUGGUCCUACGGAAUAUGGACGAGUUGAUGGAACUUGAGUUGGAUGCGCCGGAUCUUGCGGGCACGGGAAAUAAGGUCUUUGCUGCUAGCCACGCGUGCGUGUGCAAUCCGUUGAAGAAGCCCCACUAUCCAAAGGAUUGGAUCUCCGAGAACUGCGGCUAUACCUCUCAACAUAACACCCCAGACGUUGCCCAAACCGAGGGCGCGUCGCCUAGUUUCGGAUUAGGCAUACCCAAUGGAGGUCUUCAAGUAGUCAAUCCGUCCAAAGGCACUUACGAUAAGAUAGUCGCUCAAUUAGGAAGCGCUGCAACGUCUGACUACGAGUUUGCCGACCAGUCGCUUCUCUCCGAUGUGUUUUAUGGCCGAUGGAUUGCCCUUCCCUACAUAUAUAAUGCAUUGAAGACGAUGCGACGCAAGGGUGUACAUGACGCCAUCUGGCGCGACGAGAGUGUCAAGAAUGUUCACUAUAUCCUCAGUCCUAAGCCAUGGGAUGAUGUGGACGAAAAAGACCCAUCGAAGCCUGGAUAUGAUGCCUCCCACGAAUGGUGGAGGAUGCUGAACAAAGAAAGGCUCGAAGAUGAAAAGCAACGAGGCAUCAACGAUCAAUUUUGA